UCUUGUCUCAGAGGCUGCUGUAGGGGAAGACAUGAUGCGACCGACAAAAAGAUCACUGGAAGAAGGAAAAGGAGCAGAAAAGAAGCGAUCAAAAGUUAAUCCAGUCCCACAGAAACUUCCACAUGGAUUAAUUAACCAGGGAGCGACGUGUUACCUGAACAGUGUCCUGCAAGUUCUGUUCAUGACAAAAAAACUCCAUGACAGGUUGGAUCCAGAGUCAAAGAUUACAGAUCAAAAACUGAAGCAGAUCUUUGAAGACCUGAAGAGAACAACAUGUGAAACGGACAACAUCACAGAUUGUUUGCAGAUUACAGACGUUUAUGAGCAACGUGAUGCUUCUGGAUGCCUGGAGGAUAUUCUGAGGAAAAUCAGCCGAGGGGCGUCUAAGAUUUUCCAAGGAGAGCUGACGUACACCACAACAUGCUCUGAAGGCCAUGUUAUCAUUCUGGAGACCAACCCAUUCUGGACUCUUCCACUGUCGCUCAAAGAUGCCCAUGGUUCACACUACAGCGUGGAGAAGGGCUUUGAAAGGAUUUUCCAGACAAAAACAUUCAGUGGAAACAACAUGGUGUUCUGUAAGGACUGUAAACAGAAAAGAGAGGCCUCCAGUGGAUGUGAGAUGGAGAAGUUUCCUCAGAUUCUGAUUCUGCUCCUCAGGAGAUUUGACUUUGACUAUGUCACCAUGUCCGACAUCAAAUCCAACUGCAGCGUAAACAUCCCAUCCACAUUACAGACAAAGGGAAAGAAAUAUGAACUGUACAGCAUAGUGGACCACAGGGGCAGUCUGAGAGGAGGACACUACACAGCCACCGUCCUGUCCACUGAGGACAACGUCUGGUAUGAGUUUGAUGACUGUCACGUCCAAAAGGCUGAAGAACAGCUGUUUGAAAAAGUCAACACCUACUCUUCCAGCACCGCAUAUCUACUGAUGUACAGAGAAAAAACAGCCCGCAGAGUGAAACCUGAAAGAGUCAGUGAAGAUGAAGAAAACAUACCACUCAAGCAAAAAGCAGAAGAUGAUGUCAUCAAUGAGACACCAAAGAGACAAAAAAAGGACAUCCAGCCAGGUGACAAAAACCCUGCAAAUACCUGCAGUCUACAUACAAUCCUGAGAAACCCUUUUGUGAUGUUUUUUAUUGUUUUUGGAGCUGCACUCAUUGUAAUUGUACCUAUUUUAAUAACAUCUUUCACCAACUAA